UUAAUCAUGUCGCCUCUGCGGAUAUAAGAGGAGCUGUGCCAAGUCUGGAAGUAUCAAAGUUAAUCCGAAGAUGUUGAGUGCCAAGUCUUUGUUACUAAGUGCGACCCUCUUGGUGGUCCUGGCCUCUUCUGCAACCGCGCAGAAGCGGGUGGUUUGCUACUUCAGCAGCUGGGCGACGUACCGCAGCGGCGACGGCAAGUUUGAGGCCGAGAACAUUGACCCGUUCCUCUGCACACACGCCAUUUAUGCCUUCGUGGGCGUCAAUGCUCAUGACGCUACAGUAAGGAUCAUUGACCCCUGGAACGACAUUUCUUUGAACGGUUUCAAGCGGUUCAACAAUCUGCGACUGACAAACCCUAAUCUGAAGACGAUGGUGGCAAUCGGAGGCUGGAACGAAGCCUCCGUAGGUUUCUCCAACGUCUGCAAGGACCCUGUACUCAGGGCCAGGUUUGUUGACAACUUGGUCAACUUCGUCAAGACCUAUGGAUUCAACGGACUCGACUUGGACUGGGAGUUCCCGGCGCAGAGGGGAGGAAUCAGCGCCGAUAAGAACAACUUUGCUGCUCUAGUCAGGGAACUGAGGGCCAAGUUCACUCCGAACGGGCUCAUUUUGAGUGCCGCCGUCUCUGCUGGACUUUGGGCCGCCAGUGUUUCUUACGAUAUUCCCCAACUCUCGGCGAAUUUGGAUUUCAUCAACCUGAUGACUUAUGACUACCACGGCUCGUGGGAAAGCAGGACGGGCGAAAACGCGCCCAUUUAUGCUUCAUCAGUCGACUCUGACCAGGGUCUUAAUGUGCAAUCGACGUUGAACUACUGGCUGCAGCAGGGCGCCGCCCGGAGCAAGUUGGUGCUGGGGGUGCCAACUUACGGCCGCUCCUUCACCCUGCAGUCCAGCGGCAACAACGGUGUCGGCGCCCCGACCAUUGGCGCUGGAAACCCCGGCCAGUACUCGCAGGAGGCCGGCAUCCUGCUCUACCACGAGAUCUGCCAGUUGCAGCGCAGCCAGGGCGCGGCCUUCAACUAUCGGUGGAACGGCCAGCAGCAGGUGCCGUACGCCUUCUGGGGCAACCAGUGGGUCGGCUACGACAACAUCGACUCCGUCAGGAUCAAGGGCCAGUUCGCGAAGAACAACAACCUGGGCGGCGUGAUGGUGUACGCGCUCGAGAUGGACGACUUCCGCAACACGUGCGCCGCCGGCCGCUACCCUCUGCUCACCACCCUCAGGGCAGCCUAUCUUUGAUAUGUUUUCCUUCAGUAUAUAAAUAAUAUUCAUAUUUAAUUGUAGUUAUAGUA